CAGAAGUGCUUUGAUUUAAAUAUGGGGUAAAUUGCCCAUCCACCCGAGGCCCCGUGAGCGCCUUCAAAUCGGCACUGUUAUCUCGCUACAGAAUUUCAGAUAUGACACCAAAAUUACUACCCUGUACAACAGUCCUAACAGGUACAACCAUGGCAUCGUCUUUGCAUGUCUCCGGCUGGUCUGCAGCAAUCCUUGUUGCCCUUGUGGCAGCAACGGUCUCCGCAACCCCUCUGGAUGACUACGUCAACAUGCCGGACAACCACUAUGAAUAUACGAUCUUGAAAGAGUAUAGGAUACCCGGAGAAUACACAGCUUAUGUCGUCAACAUGACGUCGCAGAAGUGGUUGACAUACAACGAUUCAGAUAGCGCCAUCUGGUUCCAUUAUUUGACCAUCACCAUUCCAGAGCACAUCGUCAGUCCAGAACACGCAUUUCUUUUUAUCACCGGCGGAUCUACAAAAAGCAGUCCACCUGAUCCUCGGACUGAUAAGGAGAUAUUGCGAACAUCCAACAUCGCUAUCGGAGCUGGAAUAGUUGGUGCGACGCUCCGCCAAGUGCCAAACCAGCCAAUCGUUUUCAAGACUGAUCCUUUACAGAUGAAAAGAUAUGAAGAUGAAGUCAUAGCCUUUACCUGGCAUCAUUUCCUAUACAAUGGGACUAAGGAACCAAACUGGCUCUUGAGAUUACCGAUGACAAAGGCAGCUGUUCGUGCCAUGGAUACCAUCAGUGACGUCGUAUAUGACGUCACCCCGAAUCAAAAUAUAUCUAAAUUCAUAGUAGCUGGAGAAUCAAAGAGAGGUUGGGCAACAUGGACAACCGGAGCUGUUGACAAGAGAGUUGUUGCCAUAGCACCUAUUUGUCUUGAUCUUCUCAAUAUGGCACAGAAUAUGCACCACCAUUACCGUUCGCUAGGGGGCUGGACUAUGGAGUUCAAUGAUUAUUAUGCUGAAAACAUAACACUCUUUAUGGAUACGCCUGAACUAUCCAAGAUGGCGGCUGUUGUCGACGCCUUCGCGUACAAAGAUCGACUGACGAUGCCGAAGUUUAUUGUGACGGCAGGCUCUGAUGAAUUCUUCCUUCCUGAUGAUUCUUACUAUUAUUUCAAUGAGCUAACCGGUCCCAAAUAUCUCAGUAUAACUCCAAAUGAUGAGCAUGAAUUACGAUUUCAUAAUCUUGAGUUGACCCAUCAACUUACAUCAUUCGUGCGGACCGUUAUAAGACCAACUGAGUGGACCGCACCAACCAUGACCUGGAAACGAUAUGAGAAUUCUACACACGGUAUCCUCGAGUUCCUAUCCGACCCCGUUCCGUUGAAGGUAGAAGUUUUUAGAACACUCACCAAUAGAGGGCCAAGGAGAGACUUUCGCCUUGCUAUAGCUGACCCUCCAGGAACCACCAACUACUCAAUUAAUGUGAUUAUAUACAAGAAAUUCCCUUACAGGAACCCAGAGCCAGGCAAAUAUAUCGCAGAAUUUCUAACACCUAGGGAAGGAUGGCAGUGCUUUUUCAUUCGAGCUCAAUACAACACCCCAGGCAACACUACUAUUACAUUCACCACAGAGGCGAGCAUUACACCUGCAAAUAAAUUCGCUGUACCGGACUGCCACGGGAUUGGCUGUAAAGGCAUACUGGUAUAGCGCUAGAUGUAGAGAAGCGAAAUAUGUAAAGAGUAUUUUAAAUUGUUGAAAAUGAUGAAUAUGUUUCACCAAAAAUGUAAUCUAAUUCACAGAAUCGCCUUGAUUACAGAAUUUAAAAUUUUAAAAGCUAAUAUUUUUCAAGUCCAUACUAGUAUUAAUUGUAUUCAAAUCAUUUAAAAACUCUAGGAACAAGUGUAGACUAAUUAUUCAAAUAUAUUCAGCGGGGAACAAUUGUUUGAAAAUUGUACAUAUGCUGUUGUAAUGUCAUGAAUUAAACAAAUAAUCAUUUUCGUAGUUUAUGAACCAUGAGCGGAUUUAAAAAUUAAGCCUAGAUGUAUAUCUUACCAAAAAAAAUAAAUAAAAUGCUCAAUAUU